UGUGUGUGUGUGUGUGUGUGUGUGUGUGAGACCGUCGUCGGGGGUAACAGCAGUAAGAAUGUGUGACAUCACAGCGCCGAGUCGUAUAAAAGUCUGCGUCUGUCCUGCGUCCACAGACGCGUCCUGACACUGCGACAGGACAGACACCAGACCAACUGACACCAAUAAUCAAUACUUUUAUUGGAGGGAAAACUUAUUGAUUGGAAGCCGAUUAGAUUACUGAUCGAAGGAAACGAGACGACAGCAGAACCUCCUGCAGUUUGUUUGUUGGAAUAUUUGACGUCUUUCUGUCUCAAUGGCUGCUUCAUCUUCCUCCUCUUUCCUUCCUCUGCUCCUCCUCUUCCUCGCCGUCACCGUGGAGCCGAGACCUUCGCCUCGACGAGAUGACGCGCAGGUCCUUCAUGGUCUGUUUGGCUCUCGUCUCUCCUCGCUCCUCUUGGCCCCGCCCACUUCCGAUGACAUCACAGAGGGCUCGGGCGGACGCCCCACCCCCUCCGUCUGGCCUGCUGCCAUGGGAUUGGCUGGCAGGAGGCGGGAGGCGGUCCCACAGUUCUUCCUGGACUUCCUGCAGCGGCAGUCAAAGAUGAGAAGGCGGAGCCGGAAGUCGAUGUUAGGAGGAAGAGGAUGCUUCGGGAUGAAGAUGGACCGCAUCGGCUCCAUCAGCGGGCUGGGCUGCUAGAACAGCGAGUGUUACCAUGGUGACCACUUCCUUACAGAGUCACAUGGUGCAUCUGUGAUGUUGCCAUGGUAACCACCAUCCUCUAGAACACUGAUAUCUGGUUGCCAGGGUUACCUCCCUCCUUCAGGAUGCUUGUCGCUUGUUACUGUGACAACCACUCCUGAACUGAGCUGACUUCCUCCCAGAAAGAAAGCACCUUUUUGUUUUUUAAUUUUGUGAUGUCACUGCCGGUGACCCCACGCUGACCCUGCGUGACCUCUGACCUCCAGGUGACCUCGUCUGGUCCAUCGGUCAGAGACUUCAUGUUGGAAACGUUCUAAUGAAGGACUAAAUGAAACACAAGUAGACGGCCUACUAAUGACCCCUGACCCCUGACCCCUGACCCCUGGCUACAACACAGCCAGCAGAGCACUGUGUGUGUGUCUGUGUGUGUGUAUGUAUGUGUGUGUG